GGGACAGAGAGAUGGCAGAGACGCAAACAAGAAGCAGAUCAUGCGGGCAAUGGUAGGGCCCUUGGAAAGCAAGAGCAGCGUAAGCCAUUUUAUAAACCCCUUACGGAUGGCUCUACCGUUUUGCUCUGAAUCAUCGUGAACGCGCAACCACUUCGGGUUCCAAGCAGCCAAGAAUAAGCGGCUCGGCGAGUUCACAAGGCAGGAACAAUGGCGAGAAGGGAAGGAGAGGACUUGAAGGAGAGGCGUGAGGUGCAUAGAGAGACGCUACAAGAGGAGGAGGAUUACAUCGACAUGGACCUGAGCUCAGCUGCCGCGGGGGUGCAUGUGGCGAGGGAGUUCGAAUUCAUGUCGGCGCCGCUGGACCAGUGGGGGGAGCCCCUGGCGUCGCCGGCGGAUGAGCUCUUCUACAAGGGGAAGCUGCUGCCGCUGCACCUCCCGCCGCGCAUCCAGAUGGUGGAGGAGCUCCUCGACGGCCGCGUCGACAGGGGAGGGGGCAGGGGGUUCCUCGGCAUCAGCACCGCCCCGGCGACGCCGUACGAGUCGUGCAAGGCGUCGCCGGCGAAUUCGUGCUACGUCAGCGGGGAGCUCAACGUGGAGGAGUACUUCCAAGAGUACGCUGCAGGCUUGGCGGACGCCGCGGCAGCGGCGGCCGGCGAGAGGAAGCCGUGGUCCAGGAAGCUUAGGUUCAUGAGGCAGCUCAACCUCGGCCUCAAGCUCAAGGCGUCCAAGGCUUACCUCAAGACGAUAUUUGCCGCCAAGCCGGGGAACCCGGACGACAAGAGCGUUCAUGGCGCGGCGAGGGGAGCGCAGGAGCUCGACCAUGGCCAUGGUCACCUCAGGGCAUGGAGGAAAAACCCGUUCGGCCAGAUUAGAAGCAAUAGGUGCAUCGCCUCGCACAGCGGCGGGGGCGGCGGCGGCAGCGGCAGCCGUGCUGCACCCGGAGGAGGGCGGCAUAAGGAACGCGAGGACGGGCACAGGAGGUCCUUCUCCAGCGUCAUCGUCCGGUGCUCGUCGUCGAACAAGACGUCCCCUGCCCUUGCGCCGCCGCCGCCGUCUUUCUCGUGCUCGUCGUCCUCGAGCUCGUCCGCCUCCUCGUCGGUGCGGACCUCGAGCGAGUCCGACGGCGCGGGGCCGGCGCUGCGAAGGAGCAGCAGCGCGAGCUCGGAGGUGGAGAACCCGAUCCAGGGCCUCAUCGCCUACUGCAAGAAGUCCCAGCACCUGGCCUCGGUGAGGAAGAGCGCCAGCGACGCCGGGUUCCGGUUCCUGUCAUCGGCGGCGUCAAAGAUCGCCGCAGAGUCCGACGGCCUAGAGGAGCUGAUCGAGAGGACGACAGUGUCAUGAAUCAUGAUGAUUGUACAAUGAUGCAAUGCAUUCUGAAAAUUUUGUGAUAACUAAAACUUCUGUUGCUGACCA